CACUUCCCCCCCCCCCUGCAGUCCAGCCGGUGCGCCCGCAUACGGCUCAGACCCUGUAGAUUAUCUGUUUGUCCCCAGUACCUGGACCUUGCUCCAUAGCCAUGCCUUCUAUCAAGGAGCGCCUCCAGAACUUUCUGAAUGGAGACAACUUCGUAUCCCGGUUAUUGGGGAAGGCUGAGGAGAAAACUGGGAUCAAAAAGUAUUAUCUUGCUUCGGGUUCCAUCUGCUCCCUAGGGCUGUACCUUAUAUUUGGCUAUGGGGCUUCUCUUGUCUGCAAUCUGAUUGGCUUUGUGUACCCAGCCUAUGUUUCGGUUAAAGCUAUUGAAAGCCCAGAUAAAAAAGAUGACACAAUAUGGCUGACAUACUGGGUGGUAUAUGGCGUGUUCAGUGUAGUGGAAUUUUUCUCUGACAUAUUUCUCUUCUGGUUUCCAUUUUACUACCUGGGCAAGUGUUGCUUCUUACUUUGGUGUAUGGCUCCAUUUUCAUGGAAUGGCUCUCAGAUUCUAUAUGACCGGUUCAUCCGCCCAUUUUUCCUGAAGCACCAUCGAACGGUGGACAGCGUUGUUAGUGACCUUGGAGGACAGGCUCUAAACACAGCUGAAUCUGUCACUAGAGGAGCAUUCAAAGGAGCAGUAACCCAGUCUUUCGAGAAUCAAAAGUUCAAAUGAUUGGACUUCUCCGCUCUUUACAAGGUGUCCCCAAGUGUAACAAUCAUGUUAUCUAUUUGAGACUUUAUAAACCUGGCAUUAUUCAAUCCUAAGUGCUUCUACAGCAGGAUUUCUGCAAAAUUCAACCCACACCCUAUGUCCUUUUACAUUGUGUAUAUAUGUGCUAGCUGUAGAUCAAGCAUCAACUUCAUCUUUUCUCAGACAGCAGCAACUUGUUCCCAGGUCUACAGUAGCACUUGUUCUGAUGUUUAUUUAUUACCUCUGUAAAACAAGCAAACCUCAAAACUCCAUUCAAAACUAGUAAAUUGGUUAAUUUGCCAUGGCAAUAAAAUAGAAAUGUUCUUACUGUGAUCCACUGACAGUAAUUUUUUGAUGCAUGUAUUUAUUUUAAGUAAUACCUCCUCUCUGUACCUCCUAAGAGACACAGAUUACUCUCAUUAAGGCUGUGCUUUUUGUCUUUUCAUUGGUAUGAAUUAGGACUGAUAUUUCCUACUUUUAAAAGUAAAGAAUUUUGUCAGAACAGAUAAGUGAAAUCUGGUCCACUGGAAACCCACCAUAUCUAUUUUAUAAAUGUGCCUCUCUAAAAUCAUGAUUGAAAUGUAGUAACUUGGUAAAAGAGAUUGAGAAAAAACAUCCAUUAAGUUCAACCUUUUUGCCUAAGUGAAACCCUGCCAAACUGGUCAAUGAUUCAGAUAAAAAUAACAGUAAAAUAUCUGCAGCCUUUCCAAGUACCUUGAUGGCCAUUCCUUCUACUGGCUGGCCCUUCUUGCUACAGUUUCUACGUGUCUAAAUUAAUCUAAUUUAGAGUAUAAGUGGCUUGCAUAUUUUUUUUCCCCAAAAUACAAAAUCAGUCCUGAAUUUCAUCUGCAUAGUCUUCCAGUUUGUCCAAAUCUCCCUGCAAGGAUACAUAGUUUUGUGUCAUCUGCAAGCAUUGAUACAUCAAUUUUAAAGGAGAACUAAAGCUUAACUAAAGAAAUCAGCUAGAAAUGUUGUACAUUAUAUUUCUGGCUUCUGACAUUGCCCAAGGCAACCACAGCCCUUUAGCAAGGAAGAUCUAUGCCUCCAAAGAAGCCCCCAGUAGCUCCCCAGCUUUCCUGUUUAUUCCCUGCACAUGCUUUGUGCUGCUGUCAGUUACUUAGCUUAGGGGAGGACUCACAAUAUACUGUACAUAUAUAGAAUAUAAAUGUAACAGUAUAAGGCUGACUAGUAAUUCAUUCGGAUUCACAUGACAUGGCAGCUCGGGAAUCGGUGCAAUUAGCAUCAGAAUUUAAGCAUCAGUUUAUAUGACAGGCCAGCCUCAUUUUUAGCUUGAUAAUUUGCAACAACCCCUAAGCUUUGCUUCUCAACAGAGCACACUGAGCAUGAGCAGUGUCACUGAACAGAAUUCAAGAAAAGGCCUGUGACAACUGUAAAGACCUAUAUAAUUAGUGCUAUAGAGAUAGUGAAACUUGUGGCUAGUGCAGUCAGUUUAGAUUACAAAAUAUGGCAUUUCUAGCCAUUUUAUAUCUUAGGGUUUAGUUCUCCUUUAAUGCACCCCAAGUCAUUAAUGAACAAGUUAAAUUAAUUAAAAGUUAUGACCAUAACAGAACCCUGCAACACCUCACUAAGAGCCCUUCUCCAAGUAAAGGAUGUUUUAUUGACUACCAUUUUUAGUACACGUUCCUUAUAGGGGACCUAUCACGAAAAUUAAAAUUUAAUAUAAGCUUAAUUUCACUGAAAUAAAAAAAACUUCUAAAUAUAACCAGUUAAAUACUCUGACCAAUUUCUUAUUUCGGUGAGAUAAAGCUUAUAUUACAUUUUCUUUUUUGUAAUGUUGUUUGUAUGUGGAUAGUAAACAGGCUUAAAGGAAUACUGUCAUGAUUUUUAUGGUGUACUUUUUAUUUCUAAAUUGCAUUGUUUACAUAGCAAAUAAUUCACUCUACCAUUUACAAUUUUAUUCUUGAACCAAAAAAUGAAUUAUUUUUUAGUUGUAAUAUUGGUGUAUAGGCAGCCAUCUCAGUGCAUUCUGCCUGAUUCUGAGCUUUCAGAAGGAGCCAGCACUACACAUUAGAACUGCUUUCAGGCAACCUAUUCUUUUUCCUACUCCCAUGUAACUGGAGGAGUCCCAAGCCGGACUUUGAUUUCUUACAAUUGAGUGCUAUUCUGAUAUCUACUGGGAGCUGCUACCUUCCCAUUGUUCUGCUGAUCGGCUUCUGACGGGGAGGGGGGUGAUAUCACUCCAACUUGCAGCUCGGCAGUAAAGUGUGACUGAAGUUUAUCAGAGCACAGGUAACAUGCCUGUGGCACCCUGGGGAAAUGAAGAAUAUGGCUAGCGCCAUGUGAAAUUUCAAAAUUAAAUAUAAAAAAUUCUGUUUGUUUUUUAAAAAAUAGAUUUCAAUGCAGGAUUCUGCUGGAUAAGUUCUAUUUACUGAUGCUUUUUAUAAAUCCGGUUUCCCUAUGACCGUAUUCCUUUAAAGGGAGCAUAUAUAAACAGACCUUAAAAAGCAAAUAUCUGUGUGGGACUGUAUCAAAAACUUUGGCAACGCCUGUGAGUAUUCUGUUAUGAGCACUAACCAAUAUGAAAUGCAUUUAUUUGGCAUAUAUGUGUUCACAAAUAUACUGUGGU